AUCAGAAACAUUCUUUUUUUCUUUAUCUCAAGAAUUGUUCAAUGGAAAUACUUGUUAAUGUUGUAGGUGGCUUUGUUGUUGAGGUAGGAAAGUUUGUAUCGAAAUGCAUCUAUCCUAAGAUUGAAAAUAUUGUCUGUUUCGCGUCAAAAAUUGAAAAUCUAAAGGAGGAAAUGGAGAAGCUAACAAAGUUUAGAAAUGAUAUCAAAGUAAAGUGGAAGGAGCUGAGGGAUAAGGCUAUAAACCAAAACCCAACGUUCUCAAGUGGAUCGAAGAUGUUCACAAUCUAGAGAAUGAAUAGGAAACUAUGCAAUAAAGCAUUGCAACAGCGAAGAAGGUUGCGUACAAAUGUUGUCCAAAAUGCAGCCUUCGUUCGAAAGCCUCCACUCAAGCACGGAACAUCCGAGAUCAACUUUGUCGCCUUGUAGAGACUCGAGAAAACUUUGGAUCCAAUUUGUUGGUAGAAAAUUACCAGAUGAAAAAAGUUGAGUUCAUCCCUGGACCAUCGAUAGAAGGCCAGUCAAUAGCAACAAGGAAUCUCAACAAAAUCCUUCGACUAUUAGAAGAUAAGGUAUGCAAAAUCGGUGUGUGGGGUACUGGAGGAGUUGGGAAGACAACAUUGGUGAAGAAUCUGAACAAUGAGCUUCUAAAGAUUGAUGUGUUGAAUACUAAACUAUCUUUUGGUGUUGUGAUAUGGGUUACAGUGCCCAAACCACCAAUAGACAUAAGAAAGGUUCAAGCACAAAUUGCCAGCAGAUUAAACCUAAAGGUAGAUAACGAGGGAAGUGUAAUAAGCAUUGCCAGCAAAAUCCAUCAGAGGCUCAAGCAAGAAAAGAGUUUCCAUGUUUGGGAAGCUAUAGACUUGGAUUACGUAGGUGUGCCCCAACCUGAAUAUCCCGCAAGAAGCAAGAUAAUUGUAACUUCUCGUUUUUUGGAUGUUUGUAGGCAAAUGAAAACGAGAGCAGACACCGAAUUGAAUGUUUCCACAUUGGAGGAGGAUGAAUCUUGGCAACUGUUUGUCAAAAAUGCGGGAGAUGUUGCCAAUCUGGAGCAUAUUCAGCCAUUGGCAAAAGAUAUUGCAAGAGAGUGUGGUGGUUUACCAUUAGCGAUCACUGUUAUUGGAACAUCUAUGAGAGGGAAGACUAGGGUCGAGCUCUGGGAAGAUGCUUUGAAAUCACUUAGAAUGUCUGAACCUCAUAACAAAGAUGUAGAAAAAAAGGUCUACAUGGUCAUCAAGUCUAGUUUUGAUUCUUUAGAAUCUCAGAAUAUUGAAUUAUCCUCAGAGCAAAGAAACAAACAUGUGAACAAACAGAGAGCUGACAUUAAAAGUUGUUUCUUGUAUUGCUCCUUAUAUCCGGUGGAUAUUCCAACAGAUGAUCUCAUAAAUUGCUGGUGGGCAGAGGGGAUCCUCGGUGAACAUGACUCAUAUGAAGAAGCCCACAACAGGGGAAUCACAACGAUCAGGAGUCUAAUAGAUGCCUGCUUGCUAGAAACGCAUGAGAUGGAUUUUGUGAAGAUGCACGACGUGGUUCGUGAUGUUGCUAAAUGGAUAGCUAAUACCUUUGGGGAUGACCACAUUUCUGUUUUUCAAGCUGGAAUUGGGUUGGCUGAGAUAUCACAUAUUAAAGUAUCAGCUUCUGUCAAGAGAAUAUCUUUUGCAAGUAACAGAAUUGAAUGUCUACCUGAUUGCUUCACGAAAUGCCCAGAGACAACUUCUUUACUUUUGCAAGACAAUGAACCCCUAGUGAAAACUCCCCAUGAAUUCUUUUUGGCAGUUCCAUCCCUAAGAGUUCUGAACCUGAGUGGUACUGCUAUUAGAGAACUGCCUUCUUCCAUCAAUAGUUUAUGUCAACUACGUGCUCUAAUACUACAAAAUUGCGAUGGGUUGAAGGACUUACCACCUAUUGGUAAUCUUUGCAAUUUGCAAUUGCUUGAUUUUGAUAAUACAAGGUUACGUUGUCUGCCGCAAGGAAUUGAAAAGUUGACAAAUCUGAGGCUAUUAAGUAUGCCAGCAUCUGAUUUGGAGAGCAGCAUAGGCCAAGGAUUUUUCCUCAAAUUGUCUAACAUUGAAAUACUAAAUAUGAUGGGUAGCUGUCUUGGAGCAACUUCUUUUGAUGAGAUAUCCUCUCUACACAAUCUGACAUCUCUUUUUAUUAGAUUGAAUAGAUCAUCAAUUUUCAAUAGAGACCACACCUGGAUGAAAAGAUUGAAACGAUUUCGUAUUGAAGUUGGGAAAACUUCAAUUUUUAUACCAUUCAACAAGUCAAGAAAGGAGAUAAUUUUCUCCAAGUGUGAAAUUUUCAGUAGCAGAGAGGUCUCAGGCAUGUUGCAGUUUGCUUCACAUUUAUACUUGGAAGAAUUCAUGGGUCUCAGGAAGUUGUUUGCGUACAACAGUUUUGAUGGAUUAAAAUCACUACACAUAGAGAGUUGUUCUUGUGAUUUCGGAUCAGCAGCAGGAGGAAGUGGACAGAUUGAUCCUUUGCCAAAUCUGGAACAUCUCAGCGUCGUUUAUGUAGAUAAUUUAAAGAGUAUUUCUCAUUUCGGUCAUUUAAGAUUUUCUGACUUACGCCGACUGGAUAUAAACAUUUGUGAUAGUUUAACAUGUCUUUUCAAUGUUGGUGGAGCUUUUUCUGUACCUAAGCACUUGGAAGAAAUUACAAUUGAUUCAUGUUCAGAGCUGGUAGAGUUGUUUGUGCAAAGCAGCUCAAGUCAAAUUCCAAUGGAACACCUGGAGGAACUUAAGGUGAUCAAUUGCAAUGAAAUAAGGAAGUUGCCUUUCUCUAUUCAAACCUCCAACAACAUCAAAGUAAUAACAGGAACACCGGAAUGGUGGAGCCAAUUGGAGUGGGAUGAUGACAACUUCAAGUCAAAUUUAGAGCAUUGUUUUACAGAAUCCUACUGGUAGAAGGAUCAAAGUUGACGUUGCAUUUCAGGGAAAUAAAAUAGUAGAUGAAGGAAAUUCCUGCACCAGAGAGAGAAAGAGUGAGAGAGAGUUUUUCGAGCUAAAGUUAACCAGUUGAGUUUGCUGUGAUGUAUUUCCUGUCAGAUGUAUUAAGUUUUUCUGUCAAUAACUGUUCCCUGUUUGUAUUAUUUGUGCUUUCUGGUUCCGAUAUUUUCAUUGCUUGAUUGUACAUCGAGUAAUUUCUUGUUUCGAUUGUUUUUUUGUUAUCAUCACUGGUAUUGCUUUUGAGUUUAAACAUUUUAGAGCAUUCUUAAAAUGUACAUUCAAAAUUUAUCACAUGCUCUUGAUUUUCUAUGUUUUUGUUCCAGUGAUAGCACAUAUAUACCAGCUAUCAAGAAUUUGAAAUCUGAGAGCGCCUAUUACACCUUUGUGCUGUAAAAGGGUCCAACUGAGAGCUUAUCUUACAAGAAAUUUCGCUACUUUAGUACCAUUACAGUUAUGGUAGUCGACUGUCUAGUUGUAGUUGUAUCUCUAGCUGUUUGAAAUGCUCCAGAUUCUGGUUUAUUUGGCAUACGACGGAAGUCAUUUUACGGAAAAUUCUUUCUCAGAGAAGGACUUCCCAGUGUUUGGCUCAAGAGUGAAAAGUAUUUUUCUCAGAAUCAACAGAUCGUUUCAUGAUGGGAUUUUUGACAGGAUUAUGAUUGACAAUGUCUAGUGUUUGUUAAACUUGAAACAUGCCUUCCGUAUUUACACCAAACCAAACAUUUAACGUUAGCAAU